GGUUGUGAAAACAGCUGCUCGUCGAUGCGGCGCCGCUGCUGGCUUUCCAGUGGGCCUUUCGGGUGUGUGUUAUUGUGCUCCCAACAAUCAAAUUCGCUUGCCUGCUGCCAUCGUGUCACAUUCGAUUUGGACGCGGGUAAGAAUGCAUUUCUAGCCGAUUGCAUUGCCGCUUGCUUGCUUCUAGAUGCUGUAUUGGCGUUUAGAUGCAAGGCAGCGCGUAGCCGAAACCCUUCGGUCACGGUGUAGGUGUAAGUCCCACAAGUGCAAUUAACCUCAAUCGCGAAAAACACAACAACACCAACAACAAACGCUGUCCCAAACUGCGGUCAAUCGAAUCGGGCCGAGCGAUAGGCGCGAACUUUCCGAAAGGCACACCAGCAGCAGUACGGUUUCUUCAGCGAUGGUUGUUGACCUCGAUCACCAGGAAGCGGAACCAUCGUCGGUGACAGCUGGACACGGACGAUCUGGUGUCGCAAAGUACGAAUUAGAAUGGAAGAACAUCUUGACGAUCGCGCACCAGACCGACAUGCCGGAAUUGAGGCAGCUCGCCGUCCGGGGUGAACUACGCGCCUCGCCAUUCCGGAGCGUUUGCUGGGCCAUAUUUCUCGGCGUGCUUGAGCCGCCCGGCACGGACCAGGCCUGGCCCCGGCAACGGUCCGAUGCACGGGCCCACUACCGCCAGCUGAAGGAACAGUUUGUGCUGAAUCCGCACCAGCAGACCACCGACGUGCGGGACGAUCCACUGUCGCAAUCGAAGCAAAGCCUCUGGAACCAGCACUUUUGUGAUCAGGAACUAUGCGCUGUGAUAAAGCAGGACGUCGUGCGCACCUUUCCCGGCGUGGACUUUUUUCGCAAACCGGCGAUACAGGAGCUGAUGACCAACAUUCUGUUCUGCUACGCACGCCAGUUUCCGGCCAUGUGCUACCGGCAGGGAAUGCAUGAGAUACUGGCACCGUUAAUAUUUGUCAUUCACAGCGAUCAGCAAGCCUUGGCACACAUACAGGAACUGCAUCCGGACAUUGAUCAAAAUCUGCUGACAAUUCUUGACCCACAGUAUCUGGAAGAGGAUUCCUACGCAUUAUUCGCCAAAAUUAUGUUCCAGAUAGAAUCCUUCUAUCGCAUCACGGAUGUCGUACCGACGGCGACCGGUUACUUCCCUGCGCAAACCCCGGGCAGCCCGAUGAAUUCCAGUCCGGCCGGUACUAAACGGAAGCCGGAAGUUGAGGUAGUGGAGCAGCUGAACUACAUCAAGGACAAAAUUCUCAUCAAAGAAGAUCUCCAUCUGCACAACCAUCUGCUCAAGCUCGACAUUCCGUUGGCCAUUUUUGGCAUCCGAUGGUUGCGUCUACUGUUUGGCCGGGAGUUUGCGCUACAAGACUUGCUGCUGCUGUGGGACGCAAUAUUCGGCGAAGGGGACGAUCUCGGUCUGAUUAACUACGUCGUCGUGGCGAUGCUGAUACGCAUAAGAGAUAAGUUAAUUUAUAGCGACUAUACAACCUGCCUUUCGUACCUGAUGCGGUAUCCUACCAACGUUGACAUCGCGCUCGUAAUACGCCACGCGCUGCACAUGAAAUCGCCCAAGGUGUACGAGCGACCGGCCGGAGCAAUGAUUUUCCUUUCCUCGCCGAAACGCCAAGCUCACCACCAGCAUCCGCAGUCUGGUGCGAUUGGUGCGCGUUCGAAAACGGCCGAACUGCCGCAACUGAAGUAUUCCACACUGCCAGCCGUUCAUCAGCGCCGCGGACAGGUCGUGGUGGAUGAUCAUCCGCUUCGAGCAGCUGCUGCCGCAACGGGGAUCGACGAUCGACAGCGAACCAGCUCACUGCCGAGAAACAGUGGCUCGAUGCGAAAGGCCACGGCAGUCGAGCUGCGCCAGGUGGCCCAUCAAGCCACUAAGAAAGCGAUCACGGACUCCUCCCAAAUGGAAGUUCGUGACCCGACGGUUACCGACGGCUACCGUGAGGAUGAUCCCGAGCUGUUGCGGAUUGAGCUGCAGAAUGCGUACAACAUUAUGUCGGUCGGGCGGGCAAAGUUGCUACAGUAUUUGGCCGUGCUGCGGCGCAACAUCCGGCCAACGAAUCCCGCGGGCGAGCUGCAGCAAUCGCUCGAAGGGAUAGAGGAAAUCUGCUCACUGCUGAAACCACGCUACGAUACCGUGUUUCGCGUACCGGCACCGAUCGAUCCCGCUACCGAAGCGAACGAAGAGCCGCAAAAGGCCAGAAAACCGUUGCCGGGCGUGGCGAAGUUGGUGCUGAGCGAACAGCAGGCACAGCAACAGCAGUUGCAGCCGCACCAUCCUAGCAACGUACAGCGCACGCAAACGCCACCCAGCAGCCUGAACCUCAUGCGCUCGUACAACUAUGAUCUGGAUUGUAGACGAAACAGUGCUUCACAGCCGAACAUCACGCAGUACGAAAUCCCGGAGGAUCGGUACAGCAAAAUAGCGACCAAAAAGCUCGCCAACCGGAAGGAGGUAGAGAUGAACGUGUUCACGAAGGAUUUCGCCGACCGACAUCGACGCGUGGAUGAUAAGGAUCUGCCCAGCACGAAUCCGCUCGGCAACUCGGAACGGUCGGAAUGACGAUUCUGAGCGGGCGCGCACUGUUAUGGUGGUGGUGAGGCAUUUUUUUUAUCCCGUACUAUACGUUACACCGCUUCCAUGCAGCUUAUUUGUAUUACGCUUUUAUUGGACAAAACACUGUUAAAUGAAGCUUGUUUUUUGGAUGGAAGUAAAGAAAGGGUUUUGCAAAAUGCUUUAAUUCGAUGCUGAAUUGUAAACGGCAGUUGCCGUUUCGGGUUUCUUGGCGCAAGAACACGUUCCCAGAAAUCUUGACGACACACACACAAAGACAAAAGGAACACCGAACAGCAAUUACAACGAUGGCGAAGAUGUACGGCAAAAUGAUGUGAUAUAAAUAAUCUUAACCGAUGGAAUAAAGUCUGUAGUUUGAGAAAUAUAAGCAUACGUGUUCAUGCAGUAGCACAAAAGUGCCCAUUUGUA